AUGAAAACAUCUACACGCUCUCGCUCUGAUGCUUCCAAGAUUCCACGUCCAAUGAACUCUUUCAUGAUCUAUCGACUUGAAAAGCAACGAGAAAUUGUCAAGGAAUGCCCUGGCGCGAAUCACCGAGAUAUUUCCAAAAUCAUUGCCAAAUGGUGGAAAGAGAUGUCUGAAGAAGAAAAACAAUCUUACCGCACAAAAGCUCUUAUGGCUAGGCACGAACACUCUCAACGGUAACUAAAGCAACAGCAAAUAAAAAACUGUCUCACGAUACUCAUGUCUUUAUACUAUAGAUACCCUGACUACAAAUUCUGUCCGCAAAAGAAGGCUAAAAAGACAAGAACCUACAGGAAGCGCCCCAAGAACGAGUUUACUGCUAUUGACUUUGAAAGUAGACGACAAUUGAUCGAAAUCUAUCAUCGCCCUGUAAAAUCAGGUGAAGACAGCAACCCCUUUGUAAAGAAAAAAGAAAAUCAUGAUGCAAAUAUUGUUGUAUGGGAAGUACCCAGUGAUAAAGACAAGCCCAAGUUCACUUAUAGCAGCUGCAACUAUAGUCACUUGCAUCCUUAUUCAAGCACCCUCGGCGUUUCUCCUUCUGCUUCGCCCAUAUCAUUGACUUAUUCUUGUGCUCAUUCUACCAUGGACGGCUUCUGUGGUAGCUCUGAUUGUGGCUCUCCUUUAUCUGGCAAGACGCUUGAUCAUUUAGAUAACAGAGACCGAAGCAGCUCUCCCAUGGAACUCUUUCUUCAUAAUUACUCUGAAAGCGAUGCUGAUAAUACGAUGGUCGUACCAAGACAAGCCAUUACUGGUGACGCGUCUUUCCUGUCUGAGGCGAUGGAUAUGUGUUCUCCUCAAUAUGGUCAGCUCGCUGAUUACACUAGUUUAAUGUAUCCUAGGUGGAAUCAUAUUCUUAGAGAGCAGCCAUCAAUGGUUCCAACUUACUUUUAUACCACUUCACAACCGGCUUAUCCUUCAUAUUUUGAUCAAACUUUCUAUUAGCAAUGUCCCAUUGUGUGUGUGUAGACUUUAGACUUUUUCAUUGUAAAAUAAAACAAGAUUUUAACAUGCAUUUUGGUAUUUGUUCAAAAGCAUAA